AUGAUGGGGCUAAUGUCAGCUCUCUUGCCUGUCCCUGUAGAUUAUAUCUUCAAAUUCCUGGUCAUUGGGAGUUCAGGUACUGGAAAAUCAUGUCUUCUUCAUCAGUUCAUUCAGAACAAGUAAGAUUGUAGGCGCACCAUUGGAGUAGAAUUUGGGUCCAAAGUGGUGCAUAUAAGUGAACAGACAGUGAAGCUACAGAUAUGGGAUACUGCUGGGCAAGAGAGGUUCAGGGCAGUGACAAGAAGUUACUACCGUGGAGCAGCAGGUGCCCUUCUUGUGUAUGAUUUGGCAAACAGAGCAAGUUACACAGAGCUCACAAAGUGGCUGACUGAGGCUCGCCAAUUGACCAGCCCCAGCAUUGUGAUUCUGCUUGUUGGGAACAAGAAAGACCUGGAAGCUGAUCGAGAGGUGACGUUUUUGGAGGCCAGCUGCUUUGCUCAAGAAAAUGAGUUGAUGUUCUUGGAGACGAGUGCUCUCACAGGUGAGAAUGUAGAAGAAGCCUUCCUCACAUGUUCUAAGAGUAUCCUUGGAAAAAUUGCAGCUGGAGAAGUGGACCCAGGACGGCCUGAAUUAGGAGUUCAGUACAGUGAUGAAAUCCGAAGAAGGUUGAGGGAGACACGACAAGAAAGAGAGAAAUCUGACUGCAUGUGCAUAACUUGACCUUUUCUUUCUUCCUUCUUCUUGUACCUCUUCAAUAUAUUUGUUCAUCUUGCCAUUUGUUCUUUCUCUUAAAAAGCCAUGAAAACAUGAUUUUGUUGAGAUAUUUCGUAAAAAUUGAAAAUAUAUUAUCCAAAGAAGUUUACAAUCAAGUGACCAUCCUGUGAUUUGUUUUCAAGGCUUCAUAGAACUAAUAAUUUGACAUUUAGCAGAAGGCUGUUUUUUUAGUUAUAGAGCCUUCGAGAUGUGGCUUUUUCAGUGGGAAGCUUCAGGAGAAAUUGCUUAGUUAUAUUUAAAAUUUGGUUUUACGAAGAGCAUGACAAACCUGAUUCCUCUGACAUGCUCUUAAUUCAACCAUUAAGAUGUCAGAUUUUUCAUGGUAAACUUGCCUGCAUCACC